AUCACAGACAUUGCCGCCAUGCUAAUGGGGGCGCUCGGCCAGACGACCGCGCCAACGCUCUCGCUCGAAUCCGAAGGAUCGUUUCGCUCUGUUUCUCUCGCUCCCCUACGGGGCGCCCCGUGAGUGUGACAGAGACAACGUCAAAGCGGUCCUCCUGUACCGGGCGGCUGUUGGUGUGAAGUAUUUGGACCGUGCCCGUUGGUUCGCGCGCUCAUUUCGCUCCACAGUGCCCACGACCGUGCACGAGUAAGUGUAUUUGCCGGAGGGACCUGAACGGGGUCACCACCACACUGUGGCGCGGCGUCGCUGCUCGGCCAGCUCGUCCUGCUUGUCUUGCUGUUCUGCGACAUGGUCGCCAGUGCUUUCCAACUUGCAUCAGCCAAUGGCGGCAGUGCCACGUUGCCGGCCGGCUGCUCGAAGCGGCGGAGUGCGCGGAGUGGCCGCGGACGGGAUGAGACAGGUGUCGUUGCAGGUGACAAGAAUUGGUGCCCCCUCUCCCCCUCGCCCCGACGCGUCCCCGAGCCCUGCCCAGCCCUGCCGCGACAUGUGGUGACACGCAUUCGUACCGAGACACGCCCGGCAGCGACAUGCAGCGCGUCUACGGGCCGCGAAGCAGCGCCAGCAUCGCCAGCAGCGCGUCCUAGAGGAGUGCCGGGCAGUCUCCCUGUCUUGCAAUCUCGCUGCCCGGGCGUCGAAGAUGCUGCCACUCGUCCUCGCCGUCAUGGUGGUCAAGCUGGUGCUGCUGAGUAGGGAGGUCGUGCUCAGUUUCCGCCAAGGCACUUAGCACGCCGAGAGCCUGGGCAAAGAAAUUAAUUCUCAAGUAUAAUGCAUCUACUUCCGAAGCAGCACCGAGGUCAGGGACAAUUUUAUCACUGCUCUCUCUCUCUCUCUCUCUCUCUCUCUCUCUCUCUCUCUCUCUCUCUCUCUCUCUCUCUCUCUCUCUCUCUGUCUCUCUGUCUGUCCUGUUCACUGCGCUGCUCGGUCGACCCUGAUAGCGGCACCGCCCAUAGCGCGCCGUCAGGCCGACCAGCCGUUCGUAGCGUUCCAGUGCUCUCACAGCUGGCUGGCGCGGCGUGCUCGACGUAGGGGUCACGGCACCGAGUCACCGCGGUCACCGCGCCCUCCAGGACCCGGCCAGCGACAUGCUCGCCCUGAUGGUGGCAGUGGCCAUCGUCGGCCUCGCCGGCCUCGCCGGGGCGGAGCCCCCGCAGCCCCCGGCCGGUGGGGCUGGCGGGGCUGGCGAGCGCCCCUCCGUGAGGUACGCCGCUGGCGAGGUCCGGGGCCGCUGGGUGGAGGCGGAGCGUGGCGGCGCCGCCUUCGCCGCCUACCUGGGCGUCCCUUACGCCCGGCCGCCCAUCGGACACCUGCGGUUCAAAGCACCCAAGCGGCUGGACAAGCUGCCCGGGUCCGGGCCGCUGGAUGCCGGCAGGGACCCGCCGCCCUGCGCGCAGAUCAACAUCCACAGCGCCGAGAAGGAGGUCGUCGGGCAGGAGGACUGCCUGUACCUCAACGUGUACGUGCCCGCGAGGACGCCCCCGGCCUCGGAGGCCUUGCUGCCCGUGCUGUUCGUGGUGCAUGGCGGCGCGUUCGAGCACGGCUCCGGGCGCCUGGACGCCUUCGGCCCGCACUACCUGCUCAACGAGGACGUGGUGGUGGUGGCCGCCAACUACCGCCAGGGCGCGCUAGGAUUCCUCAACCUGGACACGGAGGAGAUCCCCGGCAACGCCGGCCUCAAGGACCUCGUCAUGGCGCUGCGCUGGGUCAAGGCCAACAUCGCGGCGUUCGGCGGCGACCCGGCCAGGGUGACGGCGCUGGGCUGGUCGACGGGCGCGAGCGCGGUGCACAUCCUGUCGCUGCUGCCGUCCACCAGAGACCUCUUCUCGCGCGCCGCGCUGCUGUCCGGACACGCGUUGCUGCCGCGCGCCUACACGGAGCGCCACAUCGCGAGGGCCACCACCCUCGCCGCCAUCCUGGGGGCGGCCGACAACAGCACCGAGGCCGUCACCAGGACACUGCAGGAGGCCAGCGUGGACAGCUUGCUGCGCGCCUGUGACGAUCCGCGCAUGCGCGCCGUGGGGCUGCCGCUGCCCUCGCCGGAGAGACGCGACACGAAGGGCGCCGAACCCAAGCUGCUGCUGCAGGACCCCGAGAGCCUCCUGCGCCAGCCCAAGGCCCCCGCCAUGCCGCUGCUGCUGAGCGUCAACAGCCGUGAGGGCAGCUUCCCCUUCAAGAUAUGGGACUUGGCGCAGCGGUCCCCGCAGGCCCUGGACGAGCUUCUGCCGCGCCUCCUGCCCGCCGACCUGCUGCCGGGGGCGGACACCGCCGCCGCGCUGGGCCUGGGGGCGGCGGGGGCGGCGGGGGCGCGGGGGCCGGGCGGCGGGGCGGGGCCGGGCCCGGGGCCCCUCGGCAAGGACGCCGCGCUGCGCCUGGCCCAGCUCGUCCGCGACGAGUACAGCGGCGGCGGCCCCAUCGCCAACAACACCGACGUGUUCCUGGAGCUGCUGGGCGACACCUUCCUGCGCGCCAGUCUGUGGCGCGCCCUGGGGCUGGCCGCCAACAUGUCCACCGAGGCCGCGCCGCUGCACGUGUACCAGUUCCAGGUGGACGCCGAGUACAACUACGCCAAGAAGCUGUACGGCAUCAGCACGCCGGGGGCGACUCACACGGACGACCUCGGCUACCUGGCUCGCUUCGACGCCGCCCCCAACCUCCGGCAAGACACUGCCUCGCGCGGCGUCGCAGCCAAGACGCUGCGCCGCCUCACCAAGACCCUCACCGACUUCGUCAAGGGGGUCCCCUUCCCGGACGACUGGCCCCCGCUGCGCGCGGGCUCCACCGACGCGUCGUCCUGGCCGGCCCUCUUGGUGGGGCCGGGGGCGCGCUGGGCCGGCGGCCACCUGGACGGCGCGCACCAGGCCUUCUGGGAGUCCGUGUACCGGGACCUCCGCUCCAGGACGUCCAGCAUCGGCCGCGUGUGAGGCCUUAAGCUUAUCUGCUCAUGUCAUUAAAAAAUUCUUUUCCAUUAGCA